AUGGCUGAAUUCAACUCUCACAGACAGCGACUCUCAAUCGUUACCUAACUCAGCUUUUUUGGAUUUUCAAAUUCUCCGACAGCCGUCGUUACCACCAACUUCCCCGUUCUUUCCUCGCCCCUUUAUACCAAUUCCUCCUCCUCCUUCUCUCAUCGCGGCUUCUCGGUACCUUUCAAUCUCUGUCUCUCUGUUGCCUUCUCUUUAUUCUCUACUUGGGGUCCUGUUUUCUUCUUGUUCCGGUACAGAAUCAGGAUACCUUCCUCUUCCAAUGGCAAAUUCGUUGCAGAAUUUAUCUAAUGCAUCUCAUCUCGGAUUUAGAUACCAAUUUCCGGGUGCCGAUUCUGCGCUAGAACCUGCUUUUGGAUCCGUUUCUUUUCCCUCCCAGCUUCGUGCCCCCUUCCUCAAGUCUCAGCAGUAUACGAAGAGAGUGCAGCCAGUAAUGGCUGGGAGUGUUUCUGACCAAGUGAUUGUGGACCUAACUUUGAGCCCAAGAGUGAAUUCUGUAAAGCCUUCCAAGACGGUGGCUAUAACCGAUCAGGCCACGGCUCUAGUGCAAGCUGGUGUGCCUGUGAUUCGGCUGGCUGCUGGUGAACCUGAUUUUGACACCCCUGCUCCAAUUGUAGAGGCAGGAAUGAAUGCGAUUCGGGAUGGCUACACUCGCUACACGCCCAAUGCAGGAACAUUGGAACUCCGCCAAGCAAUUUGUCAUAAGCUAAAAGAGGAGAAUGGGAUUUCGUAUACACCAGACCAAAUAUUGGUGAGCAAUGGAGCCAAACAGAGUAUUCUUCAAGCAGUUAUUGCUGUUUGUUCUCCAGGACAUGAGGUUGUAAUUCCCGCUCCAUUUUGGGUAAGCUACCCAGAAAUGGCUAGGCUGGCUGAUGCAACUCCGGUGAUUCUUCCUACGCGUAUUGAAGACAAUUUUCUCCUGGAUCCAAAGCUUCUUGAAGCAAAGAUCACAGAGAAGUCGAGGCUGCUGAUUCUUUGUUCUCCAUCCAACCCAACAGGAUCUGUUUACCCGAAGGAAUUACUUGAAAAGAUUGCUGAAAUUGUUGCAAAACAUCCUAGACUUCUGGUGCUUUCUGACGAAAUAUACGAACACAUAAUUUAUGCUCCAGCAACUCACACAAGCUUCGCAUCUUUGCCUGGCAUGUGGGAAAGGACUUUGACUGUUAAUGGGUUUUCUAAGGCUUUUGCAAUGACUGGUUGGCGACUUGGAUAUAUUGCCGGUCCUAAACACUUUGUCUCUGCAUGUGGAAAAAUCCAGAGUCAGUCCACUUCGGGAGCCAGUAGCAUAUCCCAAAAAGCUGGUGUUGCAGCUCUAGGAAUGGGCUAUGCUGGUGGGGAAGCAGUUGCCACAAUGGUGAAAGCAUUCCGGGAACGUCGGGAUUCUUUGGUCAAAAGCUUUGGUGAAAUUCCCGGUGUUAAGAUUUCAGAACCCCAGGGAGCUUUCUACCUCUUCCUGGAUUUCAGCUCUUACUAUGGAUCUGAAGUUGAAGGGUUUGGUGUAAUUAACAAUUCAGAGUCACUUUGCAGAUAUCUGCUUGAGAAGGGCCAGGUUGCUCUAGUUCCGGGGGAUGCGUUCGGUGACGACAGUUGCAUCCGCAUUUCGUACGCAGAAUCCCUCAGUACACUGCAGGCUGCUGUGGAAAGAAUUAAGAAUGCAAUUGAGGCAGUUAGGCCUGUUGUUCCUGUUUAAAAACUGCUAAUGUAUGGAUAAUGCAAGCCCUUCUCAAUUGUUUGUUUCUAUUGAGAUUGAUAAUAUUAUUGCAGAAAUGUGUAUUCUAGUGUUUGUUCUGAAAUAAAUAAAACAAUUCAGGGGCCA